GGUUCGUAUUUAAGCUGACUUACAGCUAAAGCUUCCCCUAGCUUCCCACUCUGCAAAACUUCCUUCUGGGGUCUGGAAGUUACCGAAGCUUACAUUUUCUGCAUCCCUCCUUGAUCAGUGAUAACACAGUCUAUAUCUAUGGUGACAUUUUCGGGCUCACUCUUAGCACCCUUCUCGGCCACGAAAGGGGCUGAAUGCUUCAUAAUACGUGAAGCUCGGCGGGAUGAGCUCAAGACCAUAGGAUGGUUAGCCGCCGAGGCAUUCAUCCACGACGCGAUAGCUCACUAUUUCUCAGGCACUACGAAGCCAAUGUCAGUAAUAGGCAAAGCUGAUCUCCGCGCACUAUAUGACCUUUAUUAUUUCGUGGUCAAAGCUUGCAUGAUUGGUGGUGGGAGGGUUGUAGUGGCCGUACCAACAGUAGAAGGAAGCUCUGGAUCUAAGGCUGCUACUACAAUUGCUGCGGUUGUAUGCUGGUACCCGCCCAGGAAGCGAAUCAGCGCACUGAAUGCAAUUAGGGGUGGCAUUUUAAGGUGUUUAAAAAACUGGGGAUUAAACGGAUUGAAGCGUAUGUCGGAGGAGUACAGUCACACUACACACGGUGUAUUCGAGCAGGCAUUUUCUUCAAAGGCGAUAGAAAAACCAAGCUCCGGGGUGGGAAUAGGAAGACGAAACAAGAGGACAGUGUUGCUAGAAUCCGAUUCCUGGUACGUCCAGCUAGUGUUUAGCUCAAAACAGUAUGAAGGACGAGGUCUUAUGUCUAUCCUUAUGCGUGAAGGAUUCGCUUAUGCACAUAGUGUCACACCGGGAAUUCCAGUUACGCUUGACGCGACAUCAUCCCGAGCACGGGAUCGCUAUAUGCACCUGGGCUAUGAGUUAAUAGAACCCCAAACGCUUAUUGGAGUCGGAAAAGCUACUUCUCUAGGAAUAGCACCUUCGAAGAACAACCCUGGGUAUGGCAAUGAGCUAACAGGUGUUCCAUACUGGUGUAUGGUUAAUUGGGAGCCAGUGAACUCGUUGCGAGGGAACGAGGAGGAUACUGUUCUUAAGCAGCCAGUAAUUUAACACGUUCUAUUUAAACGGAUAAAAUAAAUCUGGCGUUGCCUACUCUUGCUCGGGAUU